AACAAACCUAGGCAUAAUAAAACAUUCAGCUCUCUGAAGCCGUUCAGAGAUACAGAAAACUCGAAGCGAAAGACACGAGUCUUUGUGAAAUAUCCGUGAAAAUGAAAGAGGACUAUAUAGUGGAAAAUAGGAGGUAUAAAAUGGUACCUCCUGACGGAGGGUGGGGCUAUAUGAUUUGUGUUGCUGCUAUUAUUAAUUUCAUAACGAUGACAAUGUUCGGUGGAUCAUUUGGGAUGGUGUUCAAAGAACUGCUGGUUGAAUUGAACAUGGGAUCAACGAGUGUCACGCUGUUAAGUGGUAUCAGUCUGAUGUGUGUGGCUCUCUCAGGUUAUUUCACCAGUGCUCUUUUAAGGCUACUGAGUAUAAGAAAUCUGGCGUUUCUUGCGUCUAUACUGAUGAAUAUAGGAGUGUUCUGCACUAUUUUUGUACAUUCACAAUUCCUAUUUUUCCUUUGCCAAGGACUUCAGUCCAUCGGAAUGGGUGUACUAUGGAACAUCACAUGCACCUUACUUAAUGAUUACUUUCUCAAGAAACGACUCAUGGCUAUGAGCUUCACUCAAACUAUUUCGGCCGCAGGAGGAAUGGUGGCGCCACUGAUUGUCAAGUGGUCGUUGGAGGCAAAUGGAUUUCGGGGAACAUUGUUUGUGAUAUCAGCAAUAUCCCUGCACACAUUUGUAGCUGUUGCUCUCAUACAGCCUGUGACGAAACACAUGGUUAAGGUGGAGAUUGAAAAAACGACUGAUGAACUAAAACUUCUAAUAAAUGAGAAAGCGAAGCCUGGUGCCAAUGUUGCGACACCCACAAUUACUUUGACUGACACUGAAUCAGGAUUCGAAGCGAAAGCCGAUAAUUGUGAGAAACAAGAAAAAAAUACAGGCAGUAAGAGAGUGUUGGACAACUUUGUGGACCUUCCCUUGUUGAAGAAGUUUUUACUGUCAAAUGCAUCUAUGGGACCAACGUUUUGUUUGUUUGCUGAUCUCAUUUUUAAUCUAAUGCUUCCACAGGCAUUAUAUUCUAUGAAUUGGAGUGAAGAUCAAGUUGCCAAGGCUUUGUCUCUUGCAUCGUGUGGCGAUCUCGUAACGAGAAUAGCAUUUGUAUUUUUAAGCAAGUGGCUGACCAAGAUAGGGAACCAAGAGGUUUGCCUAAUUUCAGUGGCGUUGGCUUUUGUUUCCCGACUUUGUAUGCUCUGGUCAGAGAAUACGACGGUAAUGAUGAUCUUCAUCACUACGAUUGGCGUCGCUCGUUGCAGCUUCAACGUCCUGCCGCCAGUCAUCUUGGCAGACACCUUCAGUCCUGCCAAGUUCACCAGUGUUCUUGGUAUCUACAUGUUGAUGGUAGGACUCAUGAAUCUGGUGCUUGGACCUGCUAUUGGCGCUAUCCGGGAUACGACGAACAGUUACUCAACGGCUUUCUACGUCAUCACAUCUUGCUUCGCCGUAGUCUUACUGUUAUGGACCAUCGAGCUAUUAUACAAGAAAAACAAGCACAAGAGAAUAAUCCAAAGAGAAGCUGCUGAAAAGUUAAAGAAGAUGAAUUCAAAAAAUAAAGGAAAGAAAUGAUUAAUUAA